UGAGCUCAGGUAAGAGGAACCGGGCUGCGAGGCGGCACAUCGAGGGGGAACUCUGAGGGAGCAGGAUCGCAUCAUGGACCCCGCCAGGAAAGCAGGUGCCCAGGCAGUGAUCUGGACUACAGGUUGGCUGCUGCUGCUGCUGCCCAUGCUGCUCCAAGGAGCUCAGGCCCUGGAGUGCUACAGCUGCGUGCAGAAAGCCGAUGACGGGUGCUCUCCGCAGAAGACCAAGAUCGUGAAGUGCGCGCCGGGCGUGGAAGUCUGCACGGAGGCCGUGGGGGCGGUGGAGACCAUCCACGGGCAAUUCUCGGUGGCAGUGCGCGGCUGCGGGUCCGGACUCCCGGGCAAGAAUGACCGCGGACUGGACCUCUUCGGGCUUCUGGCCUUCAUCCAGCUGCAGCAGUGCGCCCAGGACCGCUGCAACGCCAAGCUCAACCUCUCCACGCGAGCGCUCACCCCCGCAGGUAAUGAGAGUGCGUACGAGCCCAACGGCGCUGAGUGCUACAGCUGCGUGGGGCUGAGCCACGAGGAGUGCCAGGGCACCAGACCGCCCAUCGUGAGCUGCUACAACGCCAGCGACCGCGUCUACCAGGGCUGUUUCGACGGCAACGUCACCUUGACGGCAGCCAACGUGACCGUGUCCUUGCCCGUCCGGGGCUGCGUCCAGGACGAGUUCUGCACCCGGGACGCGGUGACAGGCCCCGGCUUCACGCUCAGCGGCUCCUGCUGCAAGGGGCCCCGCUGCAACGCAGACCUCCGCAACAAGACCUUCUUCUCCCCGCGAAUCCCGCCCCUGGUCCUGCUGCCGGUCCCUCGGUCCACCACUCCGGCCACCAGCACCCCGGCGGUCACUACCUCCGCCCGAGCGCCGACCAAGCCCGGCUCCACCACCAAAUCCAGCCCCGCCUCCGCCAGCCAGACCCCCCCGAAGGCGGUAGAACCCCAGACGGCGCACAAAGAGGAGUCCAGCGUGGCCGGAGGCGCCGCGGGCCACCAGGACCGCAGCAAUAAGGAGCAAUACCCCACGAAAACGUGGGCCCACAACCAAGGCUCGGCAGCGCCCGCGGCCGGGCUGGCGGCUCUUCUGCUGGCUGUGGCUGCUGGCGCCCUACUGUGAGCUCCUCCUCCGCCUGGGAGCCUCCUCCCUGCCCUCCUGCCCUAGCCCUGGGUACCCUCCCCUCCCCGCUCCGCCACCGGACUGGGCUGGCCCAGCCCCUGUUCUUCCAUUUACCUCACUCAGUACCCAGCUUCCGCUGCGCUGGCUUGCGGCUCCGGGAAAUAAAGGGACCUUUGUACAUAUCCUCUGGGUGUUGUAGCUUUUUGAGGCAGCAGAUGUCUCUCCCCUGCGCUCAUGGUGACGAGAGUACUUGGAAUUGUCCCCGGGACUGCGGGAGAGACCACGAUGAGCUUUCCCAGAGCCAACCUGGAAGGUGGGGGGCAGAGCGGGGCAGUGGGUGCCUCCUCUGCGGGUGGCGGGCGGCUCUGCCCGGCAUCUCCGUGGGAACCGUCUCAGCGGCUGUCUUCCCACUAGACUGUGAGCUCCUCAAGGGCAGGGACCGAGCCUUAUGCCUCUGUGGUCAGUUUCUGGAACGUAAAGGCCUCAAUAAAAGUUGGAUUACUUUGUA